GCCAGUGGAAGGACAUUUUCCCUCAUACUGCCUGCUAAAGGUAGAGAGAGGAAACUGGUGCAGCACAGGCCAUUAAGAGUAUGGCAGAACCAGAGACUUCAGUUCAAAGUUUGGAGGAUGUGUCCCGAAUGCUAAGGGACUUGAACGACGAUCUUGAGAACAUGUUGGAGAAGAUGGAGACAUUAUCAGUUCGAACCACAGAGAUGGCUUAUGACAUGGUGGUUCUACGCACCAAUCCUGCCCUUGCUCAGUCAAUGAAGAGAUUGGAAGAUGCAUUCUUCAAGUGCAGAGAAGAGAUAGAGAAGAACUGGCAAGAAAUGUUAGAAGAAACCAAGCAAAAAACAAAACCAGAACCAGAAGCAAACACAGACUGAGCAUCUGUCCUACUUUGCCUUGCUGACUUUAUCUGAGUAAGAAUACUUGAAAGAAAGUUUAUAGUUAAAAAGGUAAUGAUAUAGUUGUUUUGUGUUAUAUAUGCAUUCCUCAGAUAAGAAAUCCCUCUAAACAUAUAAGGUAUCCGGCAAAGUAACAUUAUGGGUUUUUACAUGAAGCUUAAAAAAUAUCUUAUUAAUAAAUAUUAUUAAUACAUUUUA